UAAAAGAGAGAAAAAUAUGGUCAAAGCCCGCCCCACCCUCAUUCCCCAUGCAAAUUGAUAACGAUAACGAUACACCCCACCUUGUACCAGGCAACACACCAUUCAUCCUAGCAGAAAGCAACCAAAUAAGCCGCAGCAUUUCCAUUAAUUGCGAAAUGCAUCCCGCCAUUGAGCAAACCGAACUUGACUGGAAGUAUCCGUUCCUAACCAGGGAAUAUCUGGAAGAUGCCCUCGGGGAAGCAGCACAAAAUUGCACGGUGGUCAACUUCACCGUCCGGCGAGCCCUGUCCAAGGGGGAAAAUUUCGCUAGUGAUAUUUUAAGGAUUCAGCUGAACUUGCGCUGUGAGAAUGGCGAUGAAAGAACGAAAACGUUUAUCAUGAAAGUGGCACUCGUCACCGAAGGCAUGUCCGAUAUGCUGGAAGAGUACGAUGUAUUUUUUCGAGAGAUUGUGUUUUACAGCAAAAUUUUACCUGAAAUUAAGGAAAUCAGCAAGGAGUUGGAGUACAACGGAAAGUUGGCACCAGAUUGUUACAAAAUCAGCGCCAAACAUCCUCAGCACUUCAUCUUUGAAGAUCUUAGUCUGAAUGGAUUCGUAGCAGCAGAUCGAAGGUUAGGCCUAAGCUUCACACAACUUGAGCUGAUUCUGGAGAAGGUUGCCAAAUUUCACGCAAUAUCUGCUCACCUCUACGAUAAAGAUCCCGAACUCAUGAAGUACCACCACUACCGCAACAUCAACGAAGACGUCCAACACUUUUACGGCCUGUUCCGCAACAGUAUGCUAAAUUGUGCCGAAAUGGCCCUAAAAUGGCCAACCACUGCCCCGCGGAUCGCCAUGAAGUUGUUCAAGCUUGAACAGUCAGUGAUCGCCAAAGGUUGCCAGGUGUACACGCUGAACAAAGCAGACUUCAACGUUCUAAACCACGGUGAUCUUUGGGUCAACAACGUAAUGUAUCGGUACAAUGCGGAAGGGGUGCCAAUCGAAGCCAUGCUAGUGGACUUUGCCAUUAGCUACUUCGGAUCACCGGCGAUCGACUUAAGCUUCCUGCUGUUCACCUCGUCUGCGGACGAUGUCACAGAAGAACAGUUUGAUCUUCUUCUUCAAAGCUACCACCAAAGUCUGCUCGGAACCCUAAACCAAUUAGGAUACACCCAAAAGCUGCCAACCCUGCUGGACAUUCAGGAAGAUAUGCUGCGCAAAGGAUUCAUCGGCGUGAUGUACUCGUUUUUACUUCCGCUGUGAGUGAUCGAGGACACGGCUAGUGCCGAUUUGGGGAAUUUGCUCGGGUCGAACGAGGAAGCCGUCCAGUUUCGAGGAAGUCUGUACCAAAAUCCACACUAUCAACGCAGGAUGGAGUAUCUGUUGAACUAUUUCGACCAGAAGGGAUAUUUGGAUUGAAGAGAUGAAAACUAUAACAUGGUUUAUUCUGUGAAAAAUGUA